UUACUAUUUUCAGAAACAUUAAUUCCUAAAAGAACACAAAAAUGACUUCUUUGCCCAGCCAACCUGGGGCGCCAAAGCGGAAGGAGAUCUAUAAGUAUGAGGCACCUUGGUGUGUAUACAGUAUAACGGAUAUCCGCCUGAAAAGCGACAAACUUUUGGGCACGUUGAAAAUAUAAAAUAAUAAAGUACAAAUUGUGUCAUUAGAUGAGGACACAUCAGAAUUUACGUCCAAAGGAACAUUUGAUCACCCUUAUCCAACUACUAAAAUCAUGUGGAUUCCAGAUACAAAAGGGGUAUUUCCAGAUCUCCUAGCAACAAGUGGAGAUUAUCUAAGGGUGUGGAGAGUUGGUGAUACAGAAACCAGACUGGAAUGUUUACUCAAUAAUAACAAGAAUUCUGAUUUCUGUGCUCCUUUGACGUCAUUUGAUUGGAAUGAAGUGGAUCCUAACUUGUUAGGGACAUCAAGUAUUGAUACAACAUGUACAAUCUGGGGACUUGAGACAGGGCAAGUGUUAGGACGUGUGAACGUUGUGUCAGGCCAUGUGAAAACUCAGUUGAUAGCACAUGAUAAGGAAGUUUAUGAUAUUGCAUUUAGUCGAGCUGGUGGUGGACGGGAUAUGUUUGCCAGUGUUGGUGCUGAUGGCUCAGUAAGAAUGUUUGAUCUACGUCAUCUUGAGCACUCCACCAUUAUAUACGAGGAUCCCCAACAUCAUCCAUUGUUACGUCUGGGAUGGAAUAAACAAGAUCCUAACUACCUAGCUACCAUGGCAAUGGACGCUUUAGAGGUGAUUAUUUUAGAUGUAAGGGUACCUUGUACCCCUGUAGCCAGACUUAACAACCAUAGAGCUUGUGUAAAUGGGAUAGCAUGGGCACCACAUUCCAGCUGCCAUAUAUGUACUGCUGGUGAUGAUCACCAGGCAUUGAUCUGGGAUAUACAGCAGAUGCCUAGAGCUAUUGAGGAUCCUAUACUUGCUUACACUGCAGCAGGAGAAAUCAACCAAAUACAGUGGUCAUCUACACAGCCAGACUGGAUUGCCAUUUGUUAUAACAACUGUCUCGAAAUAUUGCGGGUGUGACAACAAAAAUAAGGACUUUUUUUAGAGGGAUAUUUGGAUAAUGUGUUUAAAAAGUCCUUUUUUUUGUGUGAACUUUUGAUGUUUUAAACAUUGAAAACAAGUUGCUAUGGUUGGCUGACAAACUUUUCUUGUUUUUAUGAGUUUCAAGUCAGAAAAUGUUUGUUUCCAAGAAUAAGAUUGGAAGGAAUGAGACUACAAAGAAAACUUGCUUUUCAAACUAAGUAUUGAAAUUAUGGCGUUGUGUCUGUAGCCUGAAUGAUUUGAAAAAUAUUUUCCUUGCUAAGACAAACAUUUAUGCUUAUGAUAAGGAGGUGGAAAGGAUCCUAGUUUAUUCAUUUCGUAAUAAUGAGCAGUGUAAAGUUAACUGAAAAAGAAGUCUUCACAAUCAUUUUGCAAGAAGUUUCGUAUAGAUCCUUUUGUGAUUGAAAUAUGAGUUUGUAAGAUCUGUUUGACUUGAACCAACAUGUUAUUUAUAUAUGAAUAAUGAGACUUCAUUAAGUCUUAUGUUGUCAUAUUUUUAAUGGUAUUUAUGAAACAGGGGAGAGAAUAUCAUUAUGUAAGGCCUAUCGUAAUGUAGUCAAGGAAAGAUGAAUAAACAUGAAGAUGAAAACAAACAAACACAUUAUUUGGCAUGAUAUUAUUAUUCAUGUGAUAAGUAAAUUGAUUAAGGAAAAGAUACAUGAAUACCUUUGCUUGAAAAUUGAAAAAAGCUCUUGUAUUUAUCACUUUCAAGUCUACUUUUUGGAAAACUAACCAUUACAGAUGUCAUGUAAGGAGAAACCAGGUCUUUACCCAUAUAGAGCUAAAAACCACUGACCCGGGGUUUACAUGCUGAUUUAUUUCGCAAGACAAAGAAAAAUACAUCAGCAAAUUUAUUGUAUUCAUUAAUAAUAACAGUGAAAAUAGAAAUGUUGAUUGUAUGACUUGAAGAUUCUGAAAAAUUUAUGAAAUGAUGUCAAGAAACAAGUACAUGUAAAAUUAUUAAGAAAAUCAUGACAGGCAAAGAAACCAAGUUUAAAUAAUAUGAAUUUACUAGUGAAUUUAUUUGUUUUAAAGGAAGGCUGGAUUUACUUUAAUACAUGAGGGUAGUUUAAUUAUGAUGUAAGACUUCUGUGACUUUAUUCUGUCAUUUAAAUGUAAUAUACAUUUUGCAUCAAAUUAUCAUGAUGAAAAGUUACAUACAGUCAACUAUCGUUAUCUCGACAUCGCUUUCCUCGAUAUUUCGUUAUCUCGAUGAAAUUAUGAAAGUCCCGAUUUUCUUCCUUCUUUUAUCUAUUAUGGAUAUUUUGUUUAUCUCGAUAUUUUUAUAUCGAUAUUUUCAGUAUCUCGAUGUAAAAUUUCAGCCCCAACAGUUAUUUUCACACUAUUAUCCUUUGUUUAUCUCGACUAAUAGUUUUUGUCUGUUCCCUUAAGACAUGUGAAAAACACAAACCUGACGAUAAUUGCUCAAUAGCGCGUGUCAUAAUGAUGAUUAUGUUUGUAACAAAAUGAGCUGUUAUUAUAAAAGUUAAUCUAAGUAGCGUGUUGAUUGACUGAUGUCCAAAAUGAGUGAAUUUUACGUUCUUUAUAAAUAUUCGAACACUGUAUUAAUUCAUUAUGACUUUAAAUGUAAAUGAAAUAGUGAAAGUAUAGAAACGUUAUUGGAACAAUAUUGUUUCACAACAUCAACAAAUCAAACAGCGAUCAAACAAUCUCGAGAAGGACCCGAUAACUAACCCGGGAGGGUAUCCGGAUCAACUACACAGGAAACAAUUUUUCCACUAUGUUGGUGUAUUACUGAGUAAACCUCACUAUGUGUUUUUAUCACAGACACCCGUAUUUCCGCUGGUAAACAUCUGCUGAUGUUACUUUGUUAAAUAUUGACUAGGCUUAUGAAAACAAGACAUGGAGAUAUCACAGUUUAAUUGCCAUAAGGUAUGCACAUGUCUUUUGUAAAAAUAAGUUUCUGCCUUGUCCAAACCCUAAUAUGUUUAUCUCGACAUUUCGCUAUCUCGAUAUUUUUUGGACGGUCCCGAUGACUUCGAGAUAACGAGAGUUGACUGAAUAUUAUGUGCUUUUUUUCAGUCAUUUGUAAAUAUUUGUACAUAUCAGAAUUUUUUUUUAAGAGUCAUAUUGUAUAUUUUGAGUUUCAUUUUUACUUGCUUGCUAUUUGUCCCAUGUUAUAUUGCAUUAUAUAUGAAUUAUGUACACCUGAAAUUUUUGCUGAAAAAAAGAUUUUUAAUAUAUAUGUUUAAUGUUACUUUUAAAACAUAACAGUUUAUAAUUUUCAGUGUUUAAAAUAAUAAUGCAUUCUUGUUAGAGACAAUGCUGUGUUUAAAAAAAAAUUACACUGAAAUUAAUUGCUUUGACUUUGCUUUGAUAGGCACAUAGAUACAUGUAUAAAUAUAAUCAUGUAGAAAAUUGAACCAUUAAUUGUCUUUUUAUUUACCACCUUUGCGUAUUGAGUAUAAAUUGAAUGAUAUGGAUUUCACAUUAUUCAUGUGACAUAUUUUCAAUUAAAAGUCUAUGAAAUACCAUUACAUUUUUUUUCCAGAUGUAUUUUGUCCCUGUAUAUUUGUAAUAUUCAGUACUAGUUCAGUAUUUAGCAUGUACAGUCUAUACAAGUUUAAUUUCUCAGAACCAUGCAGAAAUCAUUUUUAUGUGUGAAGCAAAAUCUUUUUUAAAAAUCACAGCAACUCUGAAAAGGAUUGUUAGAUAUUAAUUUUGAAAUUUCAUGUAUUGGAAAACAACAGAAAAAAUGUGAUUUUGUGCUUUUAGAUAUUAAUGUUUUAAGAGUAUUUUAUUUUAUUCCUGUUUGUUAUUUGAGUAAUGUUUAUUUAUGUUAACUGUAUUAAAUGUUGUGCAUGCGGAUGAAACUGAAAAUGGAGUAAUAUUUUGUAUACAUUAUCAUUUUUUUACUGUCGUGAAAUAUUAAAUGGCAUUGCUGUAUGAGAAAAGUUAAUGUUCCAGAAAUCUUUUCACAACUUUUAUCUGGAUUUAUGAAUCAGCUGUAAGUUAAUGUAAUUUUUGUUUUAAAUUCAACAGAAAAAAUAUGCUUUUAUUUAUUUUUUUUCCUUACACUUUCAUAUAUUUUGGCUGUUUGCAGAAUUGGUGAAUUGCAGCGGAAACUCAUUUUAUAGAACAACAUUUAUUAUUAUUCAUGUAAUUGGGCAUUUAUGUGAAUCACUGGGGGAAUAGUUGAGACUUUUAGUCUACCUUAGUUUAACUAUAAUAUUUCAGGCGUGGGUUUGAUCCCGGGAGAUGCUUUGGUAGUUUAGCACGGAGGAAGGUAGUCUAGUAUUGGUGUAACUCUCCAGGAACAAUGGUUAGGAAACUACCCGCCUAUAUGACUGAAAUACUGUUGGGAAAAGGCGUAAAAUGAAACAAACAAACUAUAAUAUUUUUAUUAACAAUUAUUAUUGUACUCAUUAGUUAAUUGAAGAUCUGAGAUUGCAUAUGUAAAGUUAGAUAUCUACAUAUUUGUUAAAAUCUUAUAUAAACAUUGAACUUUGUAAAGUAUCAAAUUGAUAUAUGAAACAUUUGAAUGUGAUAUACUUUUAAGAGUUUUAACUUGUAUUUAUGAAGGUGUUGAUAAAUUGUUUUAUAACAGUUACCUGGUUGGAAGAGAAAGUUAUUAGCUUUUACUACCAGUAUAGAGUAAUGCCAGCCUGUGCAUCCGUUCAAUCUGUCAAUGAUAGAUACAGUUAAUAGCUCAAUCUGUGUAUUAUGCUAUUAAAAUCCCUUAAAUUUUGAAUUGUUUGUUCUGAAUUCAAUGCUAGGGAGAUUCAUUACACUGAUCCAGUAGAUAAUAAAUAGUGGUAGAAAAACACUUGAUUAUUAGUUGAGUUUAGCAGAUAAAUUUGUUCCGAUAUCGUGUUUAGUCUAGUAAUUUAUUUUGUUUCUUUAUAAUACACUGUUGGCGAUAAGAAAUUUCCUAUUCUGCCAUCAUUGUAUGGUUAUGCCAUCCAACACUUGUGUUUGUCUGACCUCAAUCUACACUGUUUUAGAUGCCUUAUUUAAGCAUUUAAAUAUUUAACAUCACUUGAAUUAACUCUGGAAGUUCAGGAUUUAAAGAACUGGUACUCAGCAUGGUUUAGUAAAGUAAAUACUUAGAAUACUUUUUCCUUUUAAUACUUGACAAGAUUAUGAAGAUGUGAAUAAAAAUUGAUGUGUUAGGCACAUGUCAUUUUAACAACAUGUUCUUAAGUAAGUUCAAAUUCAUGCAAAAUCAACAACUCUGAUGAUCAUUACUUAGUAAAUCUAUGUUGGGUAUUCAUUGUGUCAAAGUAUGUGAACAUUUUGUAUAUAAAGAUUUGUAGUGCAGUUGAUGUACAUGGCACUCUAAAAUAAAAUCAUAAAACCAUU